UGGCGGCGGAACAUUUGUUGUGAAGAAUUCUGACCAUCGCAUAACGUAGCGGCGGUCGCCGCCGUCUGAGCGCAUCCAUCGAUCAUUCCAAAGGGUCGACAUUCUGUUCUGGUAUCCUCACAUUGCAGCGAUACAGAGCAAAGUGAACCAUGUCUCAACCAUCACAAGCGGAUAUCUUCGCGGCUCUCCAAGCUCAAUCAUCCUCUUCACGGAAGAGACCUCCUACUCAGCUCAUCUCGGAUCUUCCUGAAGGCGAAGAUGCUAAAGCGAGUUUGACCAAUGGGCAAGGCACAAAUGUGACGAAGAUACAUUGUUUCAGACAAGGUUGUGGCUGUGUUAUCCUCGCUCCGGGCGUAGGACAAUGGAUCUCAGCAGACUCAAAUUUGAUACCAUCUGAAGACGGUUCACCUUUCCCUGGCUCCAACGCAUCGCCAGAUAACCAAUCAGCUUAUUGGCACAUUACCGGAUCCCCCAUGUCCUUCGACAAUAUAGGAUUCUCCAAACCCUCCGAACUGAAAUCAUUAUCCCUCAAUGCACCCGGUAAUGCAAGUGGAAAGAAAGUCAAGUGGUUAUCCUGUGCGGAUUGUGAUCUUGGACCUGUGGGCUGGAGUUUUGAGGGUGGCACGGAAGCUUGGUUGGCCGUAGAGAGAGUGAGGUACGGUGUCAAGCCAUGAUGAGGAGGUGGGGGCCAGGUUUGAGUCCACUAGAGGGUGGGGUGCCUUAGUCAGCAAUACGGGUCCUGUUCGAUGAGGACCCCAUCAGUCAGUUCCAUGCAAAUGCAUUUUCCACCUAGAUGUCAGUCG